UUUGUUUUGUUGGAAAGAGCAGCUCAGCGAAGGAAGUCCUGCUGCAUAUCUUCAAACCUCAUUCCAACCUGACUGAUCAUCAGCACAGCAGAAAGGCCAUGUUGCUGCCAGAAGUGCUCACCAUGGGCUACACCGUAACUGAGCCAGUGUCGGACUGUGUUGCUGUGCUGCUAGUACUUGUCCUGUUGCUGCUCCUCACCGCCUGGGAGCGAAGACACUGGUCACAAAUACCAGGUCCGUCCUUCUUAGCAGGACUAGGUCCAAUCGUCUCCUACGCCAGGUUUAUCUGGACUGGCAUAGGAACAGCAAGCAGCUACUACAACAACAAAUAUGGCAACAUUGUGAGAGUGUGGAUCGGCGGUGAGGAGACUCUCAUCAUCAGCAGGUCCUCCGCAAUAUAUCAUGUUCUGAGGAGCGCCAACUAUAUCGCCCGAUUUGGGAACAAAAAGGGACUGGAGUGUAUUGGAAUGAAAGGGAGGGGGAUUAUUUUUAACAGCGACGUGGAACUCUGGAGAAAAGUCAGGACUUAUUUCUCCAAAGCGCUGACGGGACCAGGUCUUAAAAGGACAGUGUCUAUUUGCAUGAGAUCCACAUCGGAACAUCUGGAUCACCUCCAAGACUUGACGGACCCGUCAGGACAUGUGGACACUCUCAAUUUGCUGAGAGCCAUCGUGGUGGAUAUCUCCAACAAACUAUUCCUCAGGGUGCCCCUCAAUGAAAAUGAUUUGCUGAUGAAAAUCCAAAACUAUUUCGAGACGUGGCAAGCAGUUCUGAUCAAGCCGGAUAUAUUCUUCAAAAUUGGCUGGCUCUACGACAAACAUAAAAUUGCAGCCCAGGAACUACAAAAUGCGAUGGAGACGCUCCUUGAAAUGAAAAGAAACACUAUCAAAGAAACAGAGAAGCUGGAUGACGACCUUGACUUUGCUACGGAGCUCAUCUUUGCUCAGAACCAAGGGGAGCUCUCUGCUGACAACGUGAGGCAAUGCGUGCUGGAGAUGGUGAUCGCAGCUCCAGACACUCUCUCCAUCAGCCUCUUCUUCAUGCUGAUGCUGCUGAAACAGAACCCGGACACGGAGCAGAGCCUUGUGGAGGAGAUUAACUCUUUCAUCAGUGAAAGUGGAGCAGAAAAUGUGGAUUACACACGCCUGAAAGUGCUGGAGGUCUUCAUCAACGAGUCCCUGAGGUUUCAUCCUGUGGUAGAUUUUACCAUGCGAAAAGCUCUGGAAGAUGACAUCAUUGAAGGCAUCAGCAUUAAAAAGGGAACCAACAUCAUUCUCAACAUUGGGCUCAUGCAUAAGACGGAAUUUUUCCCAACUCCCAAUGAGUUCAACCUCCACAAUUUUGACAAAACGGUUCCUAAACGUUUCUUUCAGCCGUUCGGUUGCGGCCCUCGCUCCUGCGUAGGCAAGCACAUCGCCAUGGUGAUGAUGAAGGCCAUCCUGGUCUCGCUCCUUUCUCGGUUCAGCGUGUGUCCUCGCCACGGCUGCACCAUCAGCAGCAUCCAGCAGACCAACAACCUGUCUCAGCAGCCAGUGGAGGACGAACACAGCCUGGCCAUGCGCUUCGUUCCCAGAACACAACAUGCAUCAGCGCUCAACACCCGCACCAUCGGCUCAAGCUACCAGCAGCUUUAAAAUCACUGCAUGUUGAUUGCUGAAUACUCUUUUUGAAGACCACAUGUCAAUAACACUGCAAAUAACUGUUUCCAUACUUGCAUCACUGGGAGUCAUACACGUUGCAUAAAAAAAUAAAUAAAGCUAAGUAAUUAGUGUUAACACUUGAGUUGAAUGAUGCAGAAACAUUUGUUACUGGAUACUUUCUAAUACGCUUCUGCUUUGGAGAUUUGUAUCUGUCAGUAAUAUGCAACAAUAAUGAUUUGAUACUUGUUUGUAUUGACAAAUGUUUUAGACUGCAGUAUUUUAGGAUAUGUAGUACAUACUGUAUGUCUAGCUUGUGUGCUAUUGUGUGCUUAGCUGUUGUGUUGCUCCUAGCUUCUAGUUUCAUGUUUACCUUUUGUAAAUGAACAAAUAGUACAUUUAGACGUUGAAACUAAACUGGCUGUCCACAAGUAAACCCGCUGCAGGACUGCUUGCAUAGGAGAUUUUAGAUGGAAGCUGUUAUCAACUGAUGAUUGUUUUUUUUUUGCUGAUACCAGAUUGAUAUCAAUAUCAGAUCGGGAAACACCUCUUAGAGAUGGGUGAAUCAUGAAAGAGUAGUUCAAAACCUGCAAGUAUUUCUGUACUAAGACGACUCGUUGACUUACUUACCACUGCAAGCUAAAUUCAAAUGAGGGAAAGCAGGGAAUGUGUCAAAAGUGUGAUGAAAUGUUGCACAGGUCAAGAGGGGCAGAACUUGUGGCGAGUUUUUGGCAUGCUCUUUGUGACUCGAGUACCUGAUUCACCUCAGUAACUCAUAACUCGAGUCAGUAAAACGAAACACGUUUCCCAUCACUAAUAGUGACACUUUUUUUAUAUAUAUCUACUUAAAGUUGGCCCUAUUUGUAAAUACACUUAUUUUACAGUGGUGGUUGAAUCAUUUGAAGUGUAACUGAUUGUGGAUAAACAGACAGCCUCCCAUGUUAAAGAGUUUGGAUUCUUGUAUCAGAAUAAAAAUGAACAGCUCCUGGUCGAAAGCAUACCACAUCAUGCAUCUAACAUGGUGGAUGCAUUGUUAAAAAAAGAAGAAGAAAAAAACAAGUAACUAAAUAGUUACUUUUCACAAUAACGCAUUACUUUUUGGUGUAAGUAACUGAGUUAGUAACUGAGUUGCUUUUGAAAUAAAGUAACUAGUAACUGUAACUAGUUACUGGUUUUCAGUAACUAACCCAACACUGUGUAUAAUAGACUGUAUUUAUAUUAUUCACAAGUGAAUAAUGCUGUAUAAUAGACUGUAUUUAUAUUAUUCACAUGUAAAAAAUACCUUAGUGUUUAUUUUUAUUGUGAGCGAAUUGUGGUGCUGAAUUUCCCCGAGGGAUCAAUAAAGUACUUUCUAUUCUAUUCUAUUCUAUUCUAUUCUAAAAACAUCCAAAUCCAUUGCUAUUCUUUAUAUAAAGUAAGACACAUGCUGAAUAAGAAAUAUCUGCAC